AUGCUACGAUUCCGGGUCGCGGUGGCGUUAUACGCUUUCGGGCUGGCAUCCUUCACCCAGGCUCUCCCUCAAACAUAUGAGCUGAAAGUACAUCGGCCUGUGGGCUCGACCGAGUGCACCCAUGCGCGCAUCCGCGAGACGCAACUCCAUCGUGGACUAGCGGCCCGAGAUGUCGAGGCGCAGAACUUCGUGGCACCCAGCUAUGAUGGCAAGACCACGAACGAGUACUGGAGUAUCUUCGCUCGUGAGGAAGCAAUACUGCGACGCGAGCUUGCCUCUCUAUGCUCGAAUGCGAACGGUCUCGAGCUUGUAAUGCCGACACCCUUGGUGCCCGAGGAUGGCUCUCAAGUUAUACUGUCAUCUGCUGGAGCUUCAGCGAGCAUGGGCGGGGUCGAAGUCCCGCCUCUUGAGGUACGCCUCAUCGCAGGCUCAGGACCAUCCGACAACCGUGUAGACUUGACCUUCUUUUCGGACGGCUACCUUCCGGAGGAGAAACACCAGUUCUUCAAGGACGUCAAGUUUCUGGUCGACUCCAUAUCCGCCAAUCAAACAUACCAUUCGGUCGCGCCGCUGAUGAACUUCUGGGCGGCAUAUACACCCAGCAAGCAGAGCGGUGUUGGCGUGUAUGGUCUUCCACUAGACACGCCGUUUGGGUUAUACAGAGACGGGACGGAACUCCGUGGACUGUACUAUGCAAAGCCUGAAGUAGCGCGUGCAGCAUGCGACUCGCUUGGUAGCAAGUGCGACUACCCUGUAUUGGUUGGCAACGACCAGCUGUACGGCGGUCUCGGUGGCGAGUUCGUAACGAUUACGCCUUCACCCAUCAACGGACCUCUGGUGCUCCGGCAUGAGCUCGGGCAUUCGGUCAUCAACGUCGGAGAAGAAUAUGAUGGGGGGUACGCAUACUUUGGUGUCAACGCUGCCGCCAAAAUCGAAGCGCACAUGUCAUGGGAGCACUGGAUGACCUCUCCUCCUACGGAUGGCGAGCUUCCUCACGUCGAGCGCGCUGUCAUGCCCCUCCAGGACUACGCAUGGACGAUGCUCAACGCUACGACUCCCUGGAAGACCACAUUCCAAUCUGCCGGGACAUAUGCACGGCACCUCGUCCGCUUCAGUCUCAGCGGACUGCCCUAUACGAGGGACCUGAAGGUCACACUCGACGGGGUCGAUCUGGGAUGGGAGGCGAAGAAAGGUCUGGGGAUAGAUAGAUGGCACUACGACAUACCGCGCGAUGAGCCGCUCUCGCCAGGCAACCAUGAGGUCGCCUUCUGGCUCCAGGAUGCGCUCCUUGAAGGCAGCGCACAACUUUGCUCUGUAGAGAUACUCGAGUUCGGUUACCCAGAUGAGUUUCAUGCGGAGCCGGCAUUCUAUGGCGUAUUUCCGACCUUCUCUGAGAAGAACGAAACGUCGUAUCGUCCUACCAACGAAGACUGCCUCAUGCGCAUCACGAAUGAGCCAAACUUCUGCUCUGUGUGCGUCGAGGGAUUGUGGAUGUCCCUCCUGCCGCGCGUAGAUCUCGUGGACGACAGCUCAUCUACAUGCAUAUACGACGCGCCGACGGGAAGAUGGAUGCGCGAGCUCAGCGUUGAGCUCGUUGAUCUUGCCGACCGCGGCACGUACGUUACCAGCUGGUCAAGAAACGGUCUGCCUCUGCCGGAGUGGGCGAAUGCGACUAAGGUUGAGUUGCCGGACCUGUAUGCAUUGGGUGAUUACAGCGUUGAUGUCCGCUUCGUGACGGAGGAGAUCAGGGCGGAUCCACAUGGGUACAGCACGGGCUACAGCGACUUUACGGUCCGACACCGUUGUAGACGGCAUUGA